AUGGGGCCCGGCCUGGACAUCCAACAACAACCCUUGAAUGCACGUCGACCGGCUGCUCCGCCGCUGCCGAGUUUCGAGUUGCCUACACCGUCAUUCAGCAACGGCGCCGUGGCCGCCUUGAAGUAUCCCCAGCAUCACCCGCAUCUUCCUCCGCCGACAUCUAGUGUCGGCAACAUCAUCGCGACCCAAACAGCACAUGCUGGUGACAUUCCGAUUGCGACAACGGCGACUGCGGCUGCGACGACUGUGACUGCGCCGACGUUGAGCGCGAUCUCGUCUUCUCCCGAGUCGACGUCUUACUGGGCCUCCCAAGGCUCGUAUAGCGGAAGCGCUGGCCGUCAGCCUUGGACCCCAGGGCUCAACUCGUCCUACUCAAAUCGAGAUCCCUUUUCGCCAUCAUUCAACCCUUCUCUCCAUCGCAACCCGGCGACCUCGACCCCCGGCGCCGAUACCAUCCCCCCAGGAUACGAUAUGAACCAUCUACCCCCGUUCCAUCAGCCGAUGGGGACAGCAGCAUCCGCGCAUGCUGGGAUGGCCCCUCCGAUGAUAAGCGCUCCGCCGCAUCCGUCUGUCCCGUCGAACGAUCCGUACAUGGCCAAAUCUUCGUCUGCGCCGGCCUACGGAGCCGUCCAGCAGCUGUCGAGCCCGACGAACGCCUACCAGCCGUACGGAGGGGCACAACAACCGCAUCCUCCGCCACUGGCGAUGCAUCACGCUCCGCCUCGGGUUGCCUCAAACCCGCCUCCGCCACCACCACCACCACAGCAACCACCUCACCUAAGUUACCAACGCCAGCCGUGGCCGUCAUAUUCGCUGCCUGCCAUGACAGGGCCGGUGAUGUCCAACGUCCACAGCCCGGGUGGGCAGAUGUCGAUAAUGGGCCCGUUGCAGUCGGGGAUUCUCCCAGGCUUCAACAGCGGACAUGUGGCUAGCAUGCAGCAGAUGUAUGGCGGACACCCGCCACAUCCGAUGCACGGAGGCGCGGGCCCGACAAACGACCGGCCGUUCAAGUGCGACAAGUGUCCGCAGAGCUUCAACCGGAACCACGACCUGAAGCGACACAGUCGCAUCCACCUUGCAGUCAAGCCGUAUCCGUGCCAUAACUGCGACAAGCAGUUUUCGCGCAAGGAUGCAUUGAAGCGCCAUCAACUGGUCAAAGGCUGCAAGGAUGAACUGGAGAAACCGGUCAAACAGGAAGUCAAGGUCGAGGAAACUGGCGAGCACUAA